ACCCACAGAGCUUUUGAAAAUCGUGCCGAAUAAAAGUAUCACUUUUCCCAAAAAAAAAAUGAUCAUGAUUGUGAAUUAAUUCAAAUGAAGUGAAUUAAAAAAUUAAAAAAUUAAAUCUAGACCACUGAUUUAAAUGAUUGGUUUUGAAAUGUGCACCAUUGAUAUCUCAAUACUACUCAGUAGGGAGUGUAUCAUGCCUCAUUUUUUAUAUAUAUCAUCAAAAACAGACAAUACUAGGAACUAAGGGCAAACACAAAUGGAGACAAGCAAAUACAAAAAAACAUAAGUAGUUAAAGGAAAAAAAACAAAAACAAAAAAAAUAAACAAAAAAAACAACAAAAAAAUGUAUAAGUAAAUAAAACACAGACACCCUAAGGCACACAAAGCACCAUAGAUGUCUCAAUACAAGUCACUAGAGGGUGCACGCUGCGCAGGCUGCAUUAUGAAUAGGAGGCUUUAUUCUCUGAUACUGGGCGGUAUUAAGAGGCUAUUUGAAAUCUGAUGUUAAUUAUCAGUCGACUAACAGAAUCAGAGGGAAGGUUUAACUCUAUUGUUCCUGCUCAGGAAUGGAAAACAAGGUCUAAUGGACUCUAACAGUGAAGACAGAGAUUACCAAAGUGUUGAACAGCAGGAUGCAGCCCGGUACAGAGUGACCUAUCCUCAUGGGAGAAACACAAAAGAGGUGGAUUACGAUAAAAAUGAGGAGUUCAACAGAAAGAAGUAUCCCGUGAGUCGCUCUGGCAACAACCCGGGCAGAGUGAAGCGGGUAGUGUCAUGUAAGAGGAAGACCCAUCAUCUGACGGUGACUCGCAGGAAGCAGCUCGGGCCUGGGAAGAAUUAUGAUGCUGCAAACAAGGAGAAUGAGACGAACAGCAGGCAGGAUGUGCAACAGGAGAUAUCUGGCAUGGACCCUUGGGAGUUCCCACUAAAUGUCAAUAAUUACCACAAGACUGGUAGUACUGGUUCUGAACAGGCCGAUUACCGUACAGUCACUGAGCUCACAGGGGAUCAUAACACAAUGACUGAUGUGCUCUUUGGAAGAAAUCUGAGGCUGAAAGUAUGUUUAACAUUGUGGCAGAGAAGUGUUGGAGAGCUGUUGACCUACUUUCUGAGAAUCCAAGACAUUGGUGUGGUUGUUGAUUUUCUCCCGCUGAUAAGCAAAAGCAUGGAUGAAAACUCCCCCAGGGUCACCAUUGGCUGUUGCGUUGACCUCUUUCCUUUAGUUAGGAAAGUCCUCACCAAUCCAUACGAAGAGUAUCUUAUAGUUGGUUUAAAGUGGAUAAAUUCGGUUUUGAAACACUGGUGGGGGGAACUAAGAACAAGUGGCUAUGGAUCAACUAAACUCCCGAUGGAUAUAAAUUUCCAGGCCUUUAAUCAGCAGUUAUUGGAGUUAUGGCAUCAGGAACCUUUACUAAAAUCUGUCCCAGGAGCUGCUGGAGACCUGGCAAAGGUUAUUGACUCCUUCCUGUCUCAACUAACCUGACGACAACAAAGAAACAAAACAGAUCUUUCUCUGGUAGCAAAAAAUGAAAGAAUAGAAUGUUUAGAUUGGAGAUGCUGUUGUUUCCAUAGAGAAGUGUCUUUUAGCUUGUACUGUGCCUGUCCUGAGGGGAUGUCUGUAGAGCAUGAUGUAUUUAUUUAUUGGCUGGCGGAUGACCUUCAACAGUUGAAAUACUGAGAAUGUGCAAUAUAAAUGUAAUCGUGUAGCAAAUUUGACUUAGUAGGAUGUUGUAAUUAUUUUCAACGAGAAGAGUUUAUCAUUGUGCAGUUUCAGUUAUGUCAAAGAAACUUAAAGGCUUUCAUGAAUGUAAGAAUUAUGUUUCAUUGAUAUGUGUGUCUGUUCUCUUUAAUUGCACCACUGAUGAUGAAUAAAGUUUGUAUUUUCGGUUUUAAAGUUU